AAUGCGAAACUCCUAUUGGAGAAGACAUUCUUCUGCAUAUGGGCGUCAUCAUCAGACUAUAAUGCUACAGAUAGAACCAUAAGAUUAGUUUUAAAAUAUAUAUUUGGUUACGCUGUUUGUUGUAAGUGAACUGCUUGUACUUUUGCAGCGGAUCUGCAACAGGAAACCAUAAUCUCUUCAAGUCUUUAGUUCGUGAUUUGUUGUCCAUAGGCAAAGUAAAAGAUGGCCCAGUGGUGCCAGCUGCAACUACUGGAGUCGAAAUACCUGGAGCAGGUCGACCAGCUCUACGAUGACUCCUUCCCCAUGGACAUCAGACAGUACCUCAGCAAGUGGAUUGAGAGCAUCGACUGGGAAAAUGUGGCUGUUCAGGACUCCUUAGCAACAGUACGUUUCCAUGACCUCCUAGCCCAGCUGGAUGAUCAACACAGCCGCUUCGCCCUGGAAAACAACUUCCUGCUACAACACAACAUCCGCAAGAUCAAGAGAAACCUCCAGGACCACUUUCAGGAGGACCCCGUUCACAUGGCCAUGAUCAUCUCCAGAAACCUGAAGGAGGAGCAGAAGAUUCUGGCUGCUGCCAAAAGCAUAGAGACCAACAGAGAGAACACACAGACUAGCAUGGUUCUGGAGAAACAAAAGCUGGACAACAAAGUCAAAGACAUGAAAAACAAGGUUCAGGAAGCGGAUCAGAAUGUAAAGUCUCUGGAAUACCUUCAAGACGAGCAUGACUUUAAGGAAAAUACUCUUAAGAACAGAGAACAUGAAAUGAACGGGCUGACACCGAAACAGCUGGAACACGAGAAGCUGCUGAUUGCAGAGAUGUGUUUGAAGCUGAAGAUCAAGAGAGGGGAAGUGGUUGGCCAGUUGGCGGAGGUGCUCAACAUGGCCGAGGCGGUCCAGUCAGACCUGAUCUCAGAGGAGCUGGCGGAGUGGAAGAAGAGGCAGCAGAUCUCCUGUAUCGGAGGACCACCCAACGCAUGUCUGGACCAACUGCAGAACUGGUUCACAGCGGUGGCGGAAAGCCUGCAACAGGUGAGGCAGCAGCUGAAGGAGCUCCAGGAACUAGAGCAGAAGUACACAUACGACAACGACCCAAUCAAACAGCAGAAAGGCUUCCUGGAGGGGCGGGCCCUGACACUGUUCCGGAACCUCCUAGAACAUUCCUUAGUGGUGGAGAGACAGCCCUGUAUGCCCACACAUCCACAGAGACCUCUGGUGCUGAAGACACAGGUGCAGUUCACUGUCAAGCUCCGAUUUCUUGUGAAGCUCCAGGAAUUCAACUAUCAGCUCAAAGUGAAAGCUUUGUUUGACAAGGACGUUACAGAAAAGAAAGGCUUUCGUAAGUUCAACAUAUUGGGCACCAACACAAAAGUUCUGAAUAUGGAGGAGUCAAAUGGAAGUUUGGCUGCAGAGUUUCGCCAUUUGCAACUGAAAGAGCAGAAAGUAGCCGGCAACAGAACAAACGAGGGGCCUCUCAUUGUGACAGAGGAGCUGCACUGCAUCUGCUUUGAGUCUGAACUCAACCAGUCAGGUCUGGAGCUCAAGCUAGAGACCAUCUCCCUGCCCAUCGUGGUCAUCUCCAACGUCAGCCAGUUGCCCAGUGGCUGGGCCUCCAUCCUGUGGUACAACAUGCUUACCAGCGAGUCCAAGAACCUGAAGUUCUUCCUGAGCCCUCCUGCAGCGUCCUGGGGUCAGCUGUCUGAGGUGCUGAGCUGGCAGUUCUCCUCUGUCACCAAGAGAGGACUCAAUGAAGAGCAGCUAGGCAUGCUGGCCGACAAACUACUGGGCCAGAAAGCACAGAGGAAUCCUGAGGGCCUUAUCCCCUGGACCAAGUUCUGUAAGAGUCUCAGUGAGAAGAGCUUUCCCUUCUGGCUGUGGAUCGAAGCUAUCCUGGACCUCAUCAAGAGACACCUGCUGUCCCUGUGGAACGAUGGUUGCAUCCUGGGCUUUGUGAGUAAGGAGAGGGAGAAGGCCCUGCUGACUGGGAAGUGUCCAGGCACGUUCUUGCUGCGCUUCAGUGAGAGUAGCAGAGACGGAGCCAUCACAUUCACUUGGGUGGAACACGACCAAUACAAUAAGCCUGUAUUCCAUGCAGUGGAGCCCUACACCAAGAAGGAACUGUCUGCAGUCUCUCUGCCUGACAUCAUCCGCACCUACAAGGUGAUGGCAGCUGAGAACAUCCCAGAGAACCCACUCCGCUUCCUCUACCCAGACAUCCCCAAAGACAAGUCCUUCGGAAAGUACUACGCUAGGGCCUCAGAGGCAUCAGAGCCCAUGGAUGUGGAGAGCUCCAGCAGCACAGGAUACAUGAAGACAGAACUCAUAUCAGUGUCAGAAGUUCACCCAUCUAGACUGCAAGACAACAUGAUGCCCAUGCCGCCAGACGUGUUCGUAGAGCUGAAGAGGAGCGUUGCACCAGUGUUCCAGUGUUGGACUGGUCCUAAGGAAAUUGAUGCUGUGACGUCUGAUCUCGGAGAGUUUUUAGCUGAAGACUUUCAGAUGUUUGAGAACACACCUGACUUGGACUGCAACUGAGCCAACAGACAUGUGGGACCUGAUCUUUUAGUUUUAUACUGAAGCCUAUUUCAUUUCCAUCCUUUACCCUCCUUGAACUUCAGUAGUCACGUUCCAGAACAAAUACACUUUUUUGUUUGUACCGAGUCAGUUUUAGAAAUAUACAUUACACUUAUAAAUUAUUAUAUAUAUAUAUAUAUAUAUUACACAAUGAAUAAUUUGGUGAUAAUGUGCAUGAACAUAAAGCACUUAGCUAACUACUGUAACAUUUGUAUAAUGAAUGAAUAGGGACUCCUAUGUCUUUCCAUGCCAAUAUUCAACAGCAUACAGUCCUGUGUGGUUAACUUGCGACGCCGGGGUUGUGGGAUCGAUUGUCAUGGGGGACCAGUUAAAAGUGUGAAAAUGUAUGCACUCACUACUGUAAGUCACUCUGGAUAAGAGCGUCUACUAAAUGACUCCAAAAAGGGAAUAAAGGGAGAUCUCAUCCAUCUUUAAAAUGAUAUCUUUAUUGUUUGAUCAUUGAAAUAAAUACAGUACCAGUCAAAAGUUUGGACAUACCUACUCAUUCCAGGGUUUUUCUUUAUUUUUUACUAUUUUCUACAUUGUAGAAUAAUAGUGAAGACAAACUAUGCCGCACCAAUGUGUCGGAGGAAACACCGUGCACCUGGCAACCUUGGUUAGCGUGCACUGCGCCCGGCCCGCCACAGAAGUCACUGGUGCGCGAUGAGACAAGGAUAUCCCUACCGGCCAAACCCACCCUAACGAUGCUAGGCCGACCUCCCGGUUGCGACAGAGCCUGGACCUCACAGUUUUCUCAUCUUUUUCAUCGCCCCAGUCUGAGGUCCUGAGCGCUCUGGAGCAGGUUUUCAUCAAGGAUCUCUAUACUUUGCUCCAUUAAUCUUUCCCUCGAUCCUGACUAGUCUCACAAUCCCCGCCGCUGAAAAACAUCACCACAGCAUGGUGCUGCCACCACCAUGCUUCACCGUAGGAAUGGUGACAGGUUUCUUCCAGAUGUGACACUUGGCAUUCAGGCCAAAGAGUUAAAUCUUGGUUUCAUCAGACCAGAGAAUCUUGAUCCUCAUAAUCUGAGAGUCCUUUAGGUGCCUUUUGGCAAAUUCCAAGCGGGCUGUAAUGUGCCUUGUACUGAGAAGUGGCUUCCGUCUAAUGUGUGCGCUGGGAGUCGGGAAGCAGGUUUAGGGAGUGAAUCAUUUAAUAAAUAAACCAAACAUAAUACAGAACAAGAAACACGAACAAUGCACAGACAUGAAUCUGUGACAGAAACAAUAACCCCUGGGGAAGGAUCCAAAGGGAGUGACAUGUAUAGGGAAGGUAAUCAUGCAGGUGAUGGAGUCCAAUACUGCAGAAAUGUUUUUGUACCCUUCCCCAGAUCUAUGCCUCGACACAAUCCUGUCUCUGAGCUUUACGGACAAUUUCUUUGACCUCAUGGCUUGAUUUUUGCUCUGACAUACACUGUCAACCGUGGGACCUUAUUAUAGACAGGUGUGUGCCUUUCCAAGUCAUGUCAAAUAAAUUGAAUUUACCACAGGUGGACUCCAAUCAAGUUGUCGCAACGUCUGAAGUAUGAUCAAUGGAAACAGGAUGCACCGGAGCUCAAUUUGGAGUUUCAUAGCAAAGGGUCUGAAUACUUAAGUAAAUGUAUUUUUUAUUUUUUAUUAUUAUAAAUGUUCAACCAUUUCUAAAAAACUGUUUUCACCUUGUCAUUAUGGGGUAUUGUGUGUAGAUUGAUGAGGGGGGGGGGGACUAUUUAAUCCAUCUUCGAAUAAGGCUGUAAUGUAACAAAAUGUGGAAAAACUCAUACUUUCCGAAUGCACUGUAUGCUAAUAAAAUGACAUAAAUAAAAUCCA